AUGUAUAUCAAGCAAAUCAUCAUUCAAGGCUUCAAGAGUUACAAGGACCAGACGGUCAUUGAACCCUUUUCGCCAAAGCACAAUGUUAUCGUUGGCCGCAACGGUUCGGGCAAGAGUAAUUUUUUCGCUGCUAUUCGUUUCGUUUUGAGUGAUGCCUACACACAAAUGGGACGGGAGGAGCGGCAAGCUCUUCUUCAUGAGGGUUCCGGUUCCGCCGUGAUGUCCGCCUACGUCGAGGUGAUUUUUGAUAACUCCGACGAACGAUUUCCAACUGGCAAGCCCGAACUGGUUCUUCGAAGAACAAUUGGCUUGAAAAAAGACGAAUAUACUUUGGACCACAAAAAUGCAACAAAGGCGGAUGUCAUGAAUCUAUUAGAAUCUGCUGGCUUCUCGCGAUCCAACCCUUACUAUAUUGUACCCCAGGGUCGAGUUACAACACUCACAAACAUGAAAGAUUCCGAGCGACUGGUCUUGCUGAAAGAAGUCGCUGGAACUCAGGUUUACGAAGCCCGUCGAGCCGAGUCGCUUAAAAUCAUGAACGAAACCAACAACAAGAGGGCCAAGAUCGAUGAACUUCUUGAUUAUAUCAACGAACGACUCGGUGAGCUAGAGGAGGAGAAGGAUGAAUUGCGGAACUACCAAGAACAAGAUCGCGAGCGUCGAUGUCUAGAGUACACCAUUUACUCCCGAGAACAGCAAGAGAUUGCCAAUGCACUUGACAGUCUCGAAGGUCAGAGGCAAACUGGCGUCGAGGAUACAGAUGUGAAUCGGGAAGAUUUCAUCCAAGGCGAAAAAGAUAUGGCUGAGAUCGAUUCUGAGAUUGCCGAAUGCAAGCAACAAAUAGAGUUUUUAAAAGUGGACAAGGCACAAUUAGAAGACGAGCGUCGUGAGGCUUCUCGUGCUCUUGCUCAAGUGGAAUUACAAGAAAAGGCUCUGAAAGAUAACCAAGCCACCGCCCAGCAGCUCAAAGCUCGACAUGAAAACGACCUGAAUUCUAUUCACUCUGCCAUCAGUCAACGCGAGAGUGAACUUCAGACAUUAGUUCCUCGAUUCAAUGAUGCCAAAGAGCAGGAAGAUGCCGUCAAAUUACAGCUAGAUCAAGCAGAAACAUCCAAGCAGCGGCUUUACGCAAAACAAGGCCGGAACUCUCGCUUCAAAAGCAAGUCCGAGAGAGACAAAUGGCUGCAGAAGGAAAUUCAGGAAACCAAAAAUUCUAUAAAAACAGCCAAUGCUGUUAAAUCCCAGACUAGUGAAGAUAUUCAAGAGCUUCAGAAAACUAUCGAGUCUCUGGAACCUGAGAUUGAGAACCUCCGGAAACAGAUCGAGGGAAGAGGAGAUGCUAUUCAGUCAAUUGAGCAAGAGGUCCAGAAUGCGAAGGAUGAGAGAGACCGUCUUAUGGACCAACGAAAAGAAUUGUGGAGGGAAGAGGCGCGUUUAGACUCGGUUCUAUCAAAUGCGUCCCAAGAAGUGGACAGGGCUGAGCGCAAUCUCUCACAUACAAUGGACAAUAAUACUAGUCGCGGAAUAGCAGCCGUUCGAAGAAUCAAGCGACAGCAUAAUCUAGAAGGUGUUUAUGGCACGUUGGCUGAGCUUCUCGAGGUUAACGAGCGAUAUCGUACGGCCGUUGAGGUCACAGCUGGGACGAGUCUCUUUCACUACGUCGUUGAUACCGAUGAAACCGCCACGAAGGUUCUUGAAAUACUACAGAAAGAAAAAGCAGGUCGAGUUACUUUCAUGCCGCUGAAUCGACUGAAACCUCGCUCAACAAAUGUACCGAAAGCAAGUGAUACCAUUCCAAUGAUUGAAAAAUUGCAAUUCGAUCCGGAAUACGAGAAGGCAUUCCAACAAGUCUUUGGAACGACCAUUAUCUGUCCUAAUCUGCAGGUCGCUUCACAGUAUGCCCGAAGCCAUGGUAUCAAUGCGAUAACACCAGAGGGUGAUAGAUCUGACAAGCGUGGUGCAUUGACUGGUGGUUUCCACGAUUCUCGUCAGUCUCGUCUCGAAGCUGUGAAAACAGUGACAAAAUGUCGUGAUGAAUUUGAGUCCAAGAAAAACCGUGCAAGCGAAAUUCGCAAGAACCUGGAAAAGCUGGACCAGCAAGUUACCCAGGCAGUAGGUGAGCUUCAGAAGCUAGAGCAGCGUAAACACCAGUUCCAUGGCAACAGUGGCCCAUUACGACAAGAGCUUCGAAGCAAGCGUGAACUACUCCAGAACAAGAACGACAAUCUCGAUGCCAAACAACGAGCCCUCCGCAAUAUUGACAAUAACUUGUCUGCUCUGAAUGGCCAGGUCAGCGCAUUAGAAGCAGAAAUGUCGACCGCCUUUCAAAAGGCACUCACGUCGGAUGAGGAGGCGCAACUCGAGUCUCUCAGCACUACUGCACAAAGUUUGCGACGUCAGUAUGCAGAGCUAUCCGGUCAGCGUAGCGAAAUUGAGGCUCGAAAAUCAGUGCUGGAAGUAGAAUUGCGUGAAAAUCUCUACCCACGGUUAGAUCAGUUGAGCAGCCCUGAUAUUGACAUGGGUGAAGAUAAUACUCAAGGAACUUUGAAGGAGGCUCAGCGCCACAUGAAAAAGCUACACACUGCCCUCGACAAAAUUACCCAACGGCUAGCAGAUGUCGAUAAGUCCAUUUCCGAAGGCAAUGGACAGGUUAGCCAGCUUGAGGGUCGCAAGACGGAGGUACGUAACAAUUUGGAGGCUUUGGCCAAAUCCAUUGAAAAACACCAGAGGCGUAUGGAGAAGAGUAUGCAGAAGAAAGCUGCCCUGACGAAACAAGCGGCUGAAUGCAGCGGCAACAUCCGUGAUCUGGGUGUUCUCCCAGAUGACGCCUUCACCAAGUACAGCAAGACAGAUUCGAACACUGUGGUGAAAAAGCUCCACAAGGUCAAUGAGUCAUUGAAGAAAUAUUCACAUGUCAACAAGAAGGCAUUUGAGCAGUAUAACAAUUUUACAAAGCAACGUGAGACUUUGACAACACGAAGGGAAGAGCUAGACGCGUCUCAAACGUCAAUUGAUGAGCUGAUCAUGGUCCUUGAUCAACGCAAGGACGAGGCCAUCGAGCGAACAUUUAAGCAAGUGUCGCGCGAGUUCCAUAAUGUGUUUGAGAAACUGGUACCUGCCGGUCGUGGUCGGCUUAUCAUUCAGCGCAAGACCGAUCGUGCUCUUCGACCAGAUAACGAGGUUGAGUCUGAGGAUGAAGAUCGGCGCGAGAGCGUGGAGAACUAUGUUGGUGUCGGUAUCAGUGUUAGCUUCAAUAGUAAGCACGACGAACAGCAACGUAUUCAGCAGCUGAGCGGAGGACAAAAGAGUUUAUGUGCUCUUGCGCUUGUUUUCGCCAUCCAGGCCUGUGACCCCGCACCAUUUUACCUGUUUGACGAGAUCGACGCCAACUUGGAUGCUCAAUAUCGCACUGCCGUCGCCCAAAUGCUGCAGUCAAUCUCGGAAUCUACGAACGGCCAAUUCAUAUGUACUACUUUCCGCCCUGAAAUGCUACAUGUCGCGGAGAAGUGCUACGGUGUCAGUUUCCGGCACAAGGCUAGUACUAUCGACGUAGUAUCAAAAGAGGAGGCUCUCAAAUUUGUGGAAGAGCAAAAGUCCGAAUCUGCUGGUCGUGAACUGAAUGUAUUCAUUGCUUGA